AUGAAUUUUUCUAUCGACGAAGCAACAUCUGAUAAUAUUAGUAACAUUACUAUCCCAACUGAUGACAUUACCAGUAUUACCACUAUUCCUGCAAGUUCCGCGUAUGAAAAAAAAAAUACUGAAAUAGAAAUUGAUAAUGUAUCUUCGACCUCAUCAACUAUAAAUCUACACGACCCCUCUACUUGGCCAGCAAUAAUCAAUAACCGAUUAUUGGAAAUUCUCGUUGAAAAAGGACCUCCAUCGAUUCAACAAAACAUAAAAUUUCCUACAAAUACAAACAGCGAUGGAAGAUCGUUCUCACCGUCACAAUACUUUCGAAUAUUACCAAAUGGUGAAAAGAUUGAAAGAAAAUGGUUGGUGUACUCACUCAAGAAUUUGGCUACACAAUUAUCCCGACAUGAAUCAAGUAUUGAUCAUAUGUUCAAUUAUCAAAUGUGGAAUGAAUUGAAAAAAAGACUUAGUAAGAAUUGUACUAUAGACUGUGAACAACAACGUAUCACCAGAAUUGUUGCAAUUGUACAGUAUUUAGCAGGACAAUGUUUAGCUUUUAGAGGUGAUUCUGAUGUAUUAUAUGAACUAAAUAACGGAAAUUUUCUAAAAGGUACAGAAAUGCUGGCGAAAUUUGAUCCAAUUAUUUCAAAUCAUAUCAAUAAUAUUCAAAAAAAUUGUACGCCAGAUGUAACGCAUGUUGAACAAAUUUCUUUUGUAGCCAGAAUAGUGGAUAUGAGUACAUCGCCUAUUGAAAUUAAAGAACUAUUUCUUGGGUUCUAUCCAGUAUUGGAUGCAACUGGAGAAGGAUUGUUUAAUUUCUUUACCAAUGAAUUAUUAAGUACUUAUGAUUUAGAUGUACAAAACAUACGUGGCCAAGGAUUAUGA